AUGGCGCCUGACUCUGUACACGAAUACCAGAAGCUUAUAGUCAAAGCCAACGACUACCAUAAGAAGGCAUUAUGGCAAGAGAAACUUCGUUUACUACAAGAGGCUCUAGCUAUCUGCGAGGAGCCAGGCUUUCCGGAAGCUGAAGCCCGUAGACAGGAACUCUUCUAUGAUGUGGCAGGCAUUUGGCGGCGACUUGGACAGUAUGACCGGGCUAAAAAGAUGCUUCAACAGUCGCUUGAAGCAUUCCCAGGUGCAAGUUCAUCUUUUAAAGCUUCGAUUCUUGGCGAACUCGGCGUGAUGGCAAGGCACAACAACCGAUUUCUUGAGGCACGAGAGGCGUUUCGUGAGCAAGGUCGUUUGGCUCGCGAUGCAGCUCCAAGCGUUGAAGCAGAUGCUGAGAUUUGUCGUGCGAUUGGCAACGAGGGCAUGUCGACAUACAACCUGUCGCAGCAAACGCAGCCAAACGAUGCCACGUUGCUUGCCGCGGCAUUCAGUCAGCUUCAAGAACGCAUCACACGAGCUCGAGACCUUCAGCAACGUCUCCUUACAGAAGACCCUCAGUCAAAGUAUGCUGCCAUGGCCAAGUCAUGGGAGAUCAUAGGCAUGGACCGCCUCACACUCUGUCAUAUCGCUGCCGGCGAGACAGCAGACGCAGUUCACGUUGCCGAGGAGUCCCAACGACGGCAGACACGCGAAGACCCUACGGUCACGGCUUUUUCGAAGUUCUUCUAUGGCAACGCCCUGUGGCACAACGGUCAGCGAGACGACGCCUUGGAUCAAUGGAAUGCUCCAUCCGGUAUAUGCAGUUCUCCAAUGGCGUUCUGUAAAGAACCAGGGAAAGAGUAUAAUGAGUACCUCAAACUCAUGGCGAGCGCCGGUGUGGACUUUGACUCAUACGACGAGCAAGGUUUCAGUGCUUUAGACCACGCUGUCCUAAGCGAUAGUCCCGACGCCAGGGAAGCGAUCCCAAUUAUUGAGGAGGCGUUACGUAAAGCUCUCUGCCGGGACAUCGAACGUGAUUAUCCAGGUAUGCCGCAAGAAGACAUUGGAAGAAAGGUUGACGAAGAGGUUUUGAUUCGAAAACGACAAGCGGGAUUACGUCGACAGUACAGAACUAUCCUUCAGGAGCAUAUCCGGCCUGAACUCAGGACGAAGUCCAGCGGGUCCUUCAGGAAACUGAGGACAAUUUACGCAAGGUUUCUGUCCGAAGAGACCAAGGAACGGCGCAUGUUCAGUAACUUCCAUUACGUGAAGUAUACUGACUUCAUGAGACAUGGGAAACUUCCAAUUUCCACCUCAGGGCUGACAAAACAGUUCGCCGAUGGCGUAGGAGAGACAGCGGCGACAGACGAAGAUGACUUCAUCAUUUUCUUCUCGUACCGUUGGAUUGGCCGCAUUGUACCGGACGACGAUAACGGCACUCAAUGGCGCCGUAUGAUGAGUGCUGUUCAGGAGUUUCUGGAGGUCAAUUCCCAUGUUCAACCUGAUCGGCUAGGCUUGUGGUUGGACUACGCUUGCAUUGAUCAAGAGAACGAGCAAGAGAAAGCGCGCGGUGUCGACGCACUGCCUCUUGCAGUGACUCAAUGUAACGCCAUGAUUAGUCUCGUUGAUGGAACAUAUUACGAGCGAGCCUGGUGUGUAGUAGAGGUCAUGAUAAUGCGUGCACUCAUGGAAUCAUACAGCCUCCACCAAUGGUGGGAGCACUCAAACGGCUCCUUGAAGAAAGGCGAGGCCGAUCGUGUUCUCGAUGUCGGUAGUUCGAAGCUCACGAAGGAGAAGUUGGACAGACCAAAGAUUGACUUCUUGGUGAGGCAGAGCAAGCUGCUCGGAAGGGACAAUGCUUAA